UUAAGAUGGGCCGCUAGAACCCACCGGGCAGCUGAAGGCAGUUGGUCUCCUACGAGCUGAGUGACAACGGAGGGAGGGAUCGGUGCUUUGAGGGAAGUGCUGGCCCUUCCCCUGCAGGGGGGCGGGUGAUGAGACAGAUGGAUACAGCAGUCAAUCCGGACACACAGAAAACCUCACCUGUCAACUUGGAUUCUUCAGAGUUCACCCUGGCCCUGCUCAGCCUGGAUGGCGUUGUCCUCUCCCCAACAGAGAAUGACUUUGUCCUCCACGUCAAGGAGGAACUGGACCGAUUCCUCCUGCAGAAGCAGCUGUCCAGAGUCCUUCUCUUCCCACCCCUCUCGAGUCGUCUCCGGUACUUGAUCCACCGAACGGCUGAGAAUUUCGAUCUCCUGAGCAGUUUCUCGGUCGGGGAAGGCUGGAAGAGGAGGACUGUCAUCUGUCACCUGAAUAUCAGGUUACCGAAUCUGGACAACUUCUCUCCCUCCUGCCUGACCCCCGGCCGCCAGAUCAGAUCCCGGAGGCCGCGGCCCAGCGCUGGCCAGGAGGCCGGCUCCGGCUCGUGGGGUCCGCGGCCGGGCCGGAGGCAGCGUGGCCGCAAGCCCGACCAGGCCCUGUAUGUGCCCCGGGCGCUGCGCAGGAAGGCCGAGCAAGUUCCUGACCUGGGCCCGCUUGAGGUGGACAUCGGAGACGGGCACAAGGACCCCGCCGGAGAGCUUCCUGAGCAGCCCAGUGACGUCAGCGGGAGUGACCCGGACCCCGACUCGGACGCCAGACUCCCCCAGCAGGCAGGGCCUGAAGUGGCAGGAGAUUUAACAGAGCAGAACCAAACGGACCCGUGUCAGCCGGACUCAGAGGAGCUGGGGCCCCCCGACUCCCAGAGCCCGUCUCAGGAGGAGGACAGCCUGGAGGCAGAGGACAAGGUGCAGCUCUCCGUGGAGGAGGACAGGAAGGCCCCCCUGGGGAAGAGAGUGGAGGAGGAGGAAGAGGGCAGCUUCUCCGAGGAUGAGAAUGUUGGGCUGAUACAGGAGAUCCUGGACAACCUGGUGGACCGGGAGAUUCAGAUCGAGAGGAUCCACUUGGACAGCUGCUACCUGGAGGACGAGCUGUCGUGGGGGGAGAACGGCUUUGGCCACGUGGUGGAAAUCUACGGGUUCCAGCCGUCCCUGAAGACGGAGGAUCUUCUGGAGGUGUUCGCGGAAUUUCAGGAGAAGGGCUUCAAGAUCCAGUGGGUGGACGACACUCACGCUCUGGGCGUCUUUCCCUGCCUGGCAUUAGCCAACGAAGCCUUGACCAGGGAUUUCCCGACAUUAAAGAUCCGUCCCCUCACUCAGGGAACCAAACAGUCCAAGUUCAAAGCCCUCCAGCGUCCAAAGCUCCUGCGUUUGGCCAAGGAACGACCCCAGACCAGCACAGCCGUGGCCCGGAGGCUGGUGGCCCGGGCCCUGGGCCUCCAGAGGAAGUACAAAGAACAGACAAAGGGCGAGCCCCCCGCCGCCCAGCCUUGAGUCGCCACGCUCGCCGGCGGAGCGGCCUCGGCCCCGGUUUCCAGGACUCUGGGGGCUGGCCCCCCUUAGACCAGGCCCAAGGACCAGCUCCAGCCAACAGCCAUCACCGAGAGGUCACCAGCCCCGGUCCAAGCCCGGUGGCCUCGAGUAUAUUUUUAGAUGUUGAGAAGAAAAUAAAAAGUGGACUGGAUGAAAGUUAAA